ACUGUCAACGUAAAAUAUAAAAAAAAUUAUUUUGAUUGUCCUUGAGAAAAUUUUUUGUAUUAUUUACUUUUGUCUUACUAAUGGUAACUGCUAAAUUAUGACCGCGUAUUUACAGAUAAAAAUUUAAUUAUUAUACCAGUGAGAAAUUAAAAUAUUUAAGUUGCAAAUGAAGAUAUUAUAUGGCUAUAUCAAAAUUGUAAAGUUUUAUUGAUUAAAUGGUUUAAGUAUAACGAUGGCUUUAACUUCAAAAAGGAUAAACAUUGACGAACCAAGAUAUGAUCAGAAAACGUACGUAGGAAGAGCUAAACAUUUUUUCAUUACAACCAAUCCCUUAAACAUAUUUGCUUCAUCGAAAAGCCUAGAUGAAGCUAAGUCAAUAGUGGACAGGUACAGACGAAACGAACAUAUCGAAGGACUAACCGAAGACAAACUAUGGAGAGCCAAAAACUUAUACGAUUCUGCGUUUCAUCCGGAUACCGGCGAAAAGAUGUUCGUCCUCGGUCGAAUGUCAGCUCAAGUUCCUUCGAACAUGGUCAUUACCGGAGGAAUGAUAACGUUUUACAGGAGUAUACCAGCGGUAGUGUUCUGGCAGUGGCUGAAUCAGUCCUUUAACGCCCUAGUUAAUUAUAGCAACAGAAGUGGAGAUAUAGUACAAACAGAUAAGCAAAUAAUAACUUCUUAUUUAUGUGCUACCACGGGAGCUGUAGGUACAGCGUUAGGAUUAAAUAGUUUAACAAAGGCAAUGCCUAGUAUAGUUGGUCGAAUGGUACCAUUUGUUGCUGUAGCAGCUGCUAACUGUAUAAACAUUCCAAUGAUGAGGGCACAAGAAUUGCGGCAAGGAACUCCAGUAUACGAUGAAAAUAACAACAAAUUAGGAUACUCCAAAAAGGCAGCUCAAAGUGGAAUUGCUCAGGUCGUUUUCAGUAGAGUAUGUAUGGCACUACCAGGCAUGGUCGGAACGCCAAUUAUAAUGAACUCGUUGGAAAGAAAAGGAUUCCUACAAAAAUAUCCACAGAUGACCUUACCAAUUUCGGUUGGUUUUCUAGGAUUGUGCCUAACUUUCGCUACACCACUAGCCUGCGCAGUGUUCAAACAAAAAGCUUCCAUAUCAUUCAAAAGUUUGGAACCCGAACUACAGGAACAAAUUAAAGCCCAACGUAAGGCUCCCUCAUGCGUUUACUACAAUAAAGGCCUCUAAAUGUGUUCGACAAUAAAUUUUGACGUGACAAUACUUAUCUGUACUUGUUAAAAAAAGAUCUGUUCUCUAGUAUGAAAUAGAUAUAUAACUUUAUUUAC